UGAUCAUGUGACCAUGCAGAUGCUGCAACAGUCGUAAGUGUAAAAAAUGAUUAUAAGUCACUUUUUCCAGUACCAUUGUAACUUUGGUCACUAAGCAAAUGGCUAUAAGUCGAGGAAUACCUGUAAGUGCUAUUUAUGUGUUUAUGGACUAUAUUUCCUUUCAGAAAACUUUCAAGGAAAUAUAAUACCUUCAGUAUGUUUUCUAUCAAUGUAUGUACGGAAUAAUUGUACUUUAUGAAAAUUUAUAGCACUGUGUAGCCAUAUUCAUUAAUCCAUAAUACUUUCAUAUUUGUUUAGCAUCAAAUAGGAUUAAUAGUACAGUUGUGAUUCUUUGUCAGAGACAGGCAAACAUUUGCUGUUUUCUGCCAUGUAUAUGUUCUCAUGAUACUCAUUUGUAUAAAUGCUUUAUUUUAUGUAGUGGUAAAGUACAUUAUUAUACAAAACUGAGUAGAACAUUUCAGAUAGCAAGUGUAAUACUGAAAUUGUGCACAGAAUUUGGAAGCUAAUUUGGAUAAGCCCAAUGUACCUUCAUAUGUAUAUGAAUUUUUCUCCUUUAUAAUUAUUUUUAAGUUUAAUGUUUUCUUUUUAAGUAAUCUAUUGAAAAUCUGUAAGACUUCCUUAGAAAUAAAAAUAAGAAAAAAACUAUGUGUGCAUGUGCUUGUGUAUCGCCAUAUUAACACAGGCGCUAGUUCACCCUCAACCAUGGAAACUCAUAUGAUAAAGCCAAGCUGUUUUGAGGAAAUAUUAGAGGAGGGAAUGCUAUGUAUGCCAUUUUGAACUCCUGAAAGAAAGCAUGCUAUUUCAGGGAUAGCCUAUUAGAUAUUUUGUUGUAGAACUUCAGCAGUGGUUUGUCAUUGACUUAUGUUUAUUGGAAUAGAGUCCAAAAUAGGUGAAGGAAGCCUAUUAAUUAUCUCUAGACCAUGGGUGUCAAACUCGAUUGUGUCACGUGACGUAUCGUGACAUAUCACAAUGUCUUUUGCCUUUGCAGAGCUGGGGUGGGCAUGGCCUGUGCAUGACGCAUCCGGUUCACAACCUGCCAGUUUGAUACCCCUGCUCUAGACUAUCUGAACUGAGUAGUUCUUAGUAAAUUCCAGUUCAUAUUUGUUUCUUAAAGACAUAAUUUAUAUGUGAAAUGGGUAAUAGAUAAAGCUGGUUAAGCAUUCUAUGUACAUUCUUUCAUGUUUAUAUGUUCAACCUAAGUAUAAAUUGUAUUCAAAAUUGUUGAAUAAAACAAAUGUGGCAGUGGCAUAUAGGCACUCUUAAUUAAAGUGGCAUUAAUUGCAGUAUAUGAUAGUUUUGCAUGCAGUUAGUGCAUUUUACCAAAGUAAACAUUUCUCACAAGAAAAACACUUACAGAAUAGUGUUUUGGUAGUAAUAAUAAAAUAAUGAGCUCCAAAGCUUCCAAAUUAAUUUAGAUAUUUUAAGUAGUUCUCUCAGUUUUACAGGACCGAGGAAAAUACUACCUCUUGAUAUGAAUGCAUUUUCUUAGGUUCCUAGCUCCUCUUAUGUUUAAUUUUUGAGAUACAUUUGCUGUUCUCUUGAUUAUUUUAUAGUCCUGCAUUAUUCUACAGCCUCCUUUUGAUUAUUUGUGUCCCUCUCCCUUUCACGUUUCUUGUACUUGUACUGCAUUAUAUAAUUCUUCUUAAAGUUACCUUUUAACCAGAUGUUUAAAUCAUGAUAAUUAUAUUGGAACUGUUGUAAUGCUACACCCUAAGUAACAUUCAUUAAAGCUAACAAGAAAAGGAUAUGAAGCUAAAGAUGUGUCCACAAAGCUUCCUAAGUGUAGUCCUAAAAAGUAGGUAGUAUUGUCUGUCAUCAUACAUAAUUAUAUCACAUAUUCCUGGGAUGAGCAGCUAGAACUGGAUCAGGACCAGCUGUCACUUGAUUGUAACAAGUCUUAAGGCAUGAACAUUUCAUAUGUUGACCAAAACUCAGCCUUUUGAUGUAAAAACAGGGAACCAUCACUCUCCUUCUAGAUGAGACAAGCGCUCUGCUCUGAACAACCUGAGUGAGGCCACUUCUUCCUGUGAUUUCCUGCCUCAUGUUCUCUGCUUUACACAGAAAGAUUUAUGCUAUUUCCUCCUUCCCUAAUUGGUUGGAAGUGCAGGACAGCUGAUUCUCCCCAGACCCUUCUUGAUCAUCAGGGAUCUUUUUCUGAAAUAUCAUAGUACUCUGCCUGCUUGUAUUUAGCUGGAGUAGACCACUGGCCUCUUGUAUCUUGCUGGGGUUCUUGGAAACAGGAUUGAUUAUAGGAGUAAUAGGUCUUAAGAGAGGAACGGAGGUAUUACCUAAAUGCCUGUGAGUUAGAGAGGCAGGGCUAUUGGGCCACAUGAAGUCUAGCAUACAAUGUAGGUAGUUCUUUCUGCCUAAACCUAGUGGCAUUGCAUUAGGACAAAAUGAAGUCAUAAUCUAUCAUGCAUUUGGAUCUGAUAAAGAGCAUAGAUAGUGAUUGAAACGUUUUAUUCUCUCUUGUUACACAGACCAAAUGCAGCAAAAUUUUAAAGAGCACUGAGGUGAUUAAUUCACCUGUUUUGUAAGAGAUGUACAUUUCUAAGUUUAGUUAGGUGGCAUCAUAUCUCCAUUGUAAUGUAUAUCACAUUCUCUUACCCUGUUCUUUGUUAUUUAUUUUGAUGUACCGUAAUUAAGCACUGUCCUUUUUAUCCCAAUCCCAUACAUUUCUUCUAGGCUAUGCUUUCUAAGAAUUGCUUUGAGAACAAUGCUUAUGUAACUUUUUUCUGUCCACUUUUUAUUUUUCAGGAUAUAUGGAAAAAAAUUCCUUAAGACUUGAAAAUGUUACAAGUGACAUGAAUCUUAAUUCUGCUGAAGUAACUCCAGAUGGAUACUGCCCAGCCUGUAAAAAGAUUGGUUUGAUGCGACGUAUAAGAAAAUACCACAUCAAUUUUGAAGAAUCUAUGUUUCUGUGUGAAAAUCCACAGUGCAUUUACCCUCUAGGGUCUGCAUCACUAAGCACUAUUAUAAUUCCCAGUGAUGCAAAAGGUUAUGCAUCUCAGGGCACUUGUGGGAAAAGAAAGUUACUUGGCACAAACCUAUUGACCUCUUCUAUUGAACCGUGCUUAAAAUUGAUUAGGACUGAUGACUUGAUGGACACUGAGGAGCCAUUCAGAUCUGAUCUUAUUCCCAACUGCAAUGGAAAUAAUCUAAUUAGGACUCAGUCAGGGCAGUCUGAUUUUUCACAAGCCAAGCAGCCAUCUUUUUCUGAGAAAGCUGAAUCCGUCAACCAGAAAAUGGGCUCGGGAGCUGAAGAACACUCAUCAGAAGUGCUCAAUGUGCAGACCCAGCUGUCGUCAGCCUCUGAGAUGGCUCCAUCAGUGUCACAGGUCUUGCAACAAAGAAAACCAUCUCUGCGAGAGCCUUUGUGGCUUCACUGGAGAAAUGCACAUGCUCUCUGCUGGUUAGAUUGCAUUCUGUCAAUACUGGUACAUUUGGAAACAUUAAGAAUUCUGACUGGAAUCUCCAAAAACACAUCAGUAAUCCAGAGUCUGCUCACAAAAUAUAACGAAGCUGCUGUAGUUGUGAACACUUGCCAAAGGGAUGAACUUACUUCAGAAGUUCCUUUGGAUGUUUUGUCAAGAGCUGAAUCCCACUUAAAUGAAAUCAGGAAUACUGUAUAUGUUCAACUUCAGCCAUUGCUUGGGUGUAAAUUUGGGGAGGAAGAAAGUCCAGUUUUUGCUUUUCCUUUACUUCUGCGGGAGGAUCGACAUAUAGAGAAUCUCUUUCUCCAUUCUUUCUCCUGGAAGUUUGAAUGUUUGCAGUGUGGCUACCACACCAACAAUAGUUGUCAGCGGACAAUGACAACGUUUACAAAUAUAAUCCCAGAGUGGCACCCAUUGAAUGCUGUUCAUGUUGCUCCCUGUAAUAAGUGCAAUCACACAUCUCAAAGAAGAAAAAUGGUUUUAGAAAAGAUCUCCUCAGUUCUGAUGAUGCAUUUUGUUGAAGGCUUGCCGCAUAACAAUUUGAUGGCCUACUCAUUUCAGUUUCAAGAAUAUUCAUAUCAAGUAACAGCUGUGAUUCAGUAUCAGAAGGCACAACACUUCAUAACUUGGAUCUUGACUUCAGAUGGAAUAUGGCUUGAGUGUGAUGACUUAAAAGGUUCAUUCUCCAGAAGACAUCAUACCUUUGGGGUUCCUUCUGCAGAAAUACAUAUUGUCAUUUGGGAAAGAAAACCACCACAAAUCACCAAUUAUCCAGAUUUACAAGUUGAAGAAACAAUGAAAGCACAAUCAAAAACUCCAGUUAAAUACUCUAAUGAUGAAACUGCAGACAGCGUACCUUUAACUUAUCACAAAGCAGUUCACAUGGUGAACACACAUAUAGAAGAAAUAGAAAACUUACUAAGCAAUCAGAAAAAUAAUUUGCUUCAUGGCUUGGGCAACCUGUCUGAUGAUGAUGUUGUAACACUUGACUUGGGUGGACAGCUGUUAGAAGGUAAAAAUAAGCAGAUAAUCAGAAUGGGUCCAUUGCAGUUGCAAGAGUUGGAUGAGAAAGAUGUAUGCCCACUUACUCCUGAAAGGGAUAUUCAAAAAAGAAGUGUAGUUUUAGGGAAUACCAGUGCUCCGAUGCAUGAAGGACAGCCAUCUGAUGCAAGCAAUUUAGUUACUACACCAUCAGUUGCUUUAAGUAAUGGUAAAAUAAAUUUCUCAUCCGAAAUACUAUUAUCACAAGUCUCCUUAGUUCCAGCAGAAGAGAGCAGCAAUUGCCAUCCAAAGAACCCUCAGAAAAAAACCAGCAAAACAAAAUUGGGAAACCCUGUGUCGGGAAUGCCUAACGUUGUAGAGUUCGGUCAAGAAAUAAAAAUAAGUUCCCAUAUUUCUGCUCUAUCUUCCCAAAGUCCUACCUUUCAGUCAUCCAGUACAAAUGGAAUUAAGCCAUUUAAAGCCAGUUGGGUAAAAGGCUUACUUGGAAAAUAUUCUUCCUUUGUGCCUAAAAAUGUGUUGGUUCCUAAUAAACUAAAAAACUGUAAAAAAUCAAUGCAAAAAGAAACAAACACCAGUUCGCUUGUUAGGCAAGCAGGCCAUUUCUGUGGAUUCCAAACUAAAUCUUCACAGAAAAGUAAAGUGGCAACGUUGAAUUCUUCAAAUAGAACUCAGCCAACAUCACCUCUGAUUGCUUUUUCUGUUGCAAACACCCCUGUCAAAAAUCUUGUGCCUGAUAGCAAUGGUGAAGCUGUAACUAAAAGAUCAGCUUCAUUAGAUGCUUUCACUAACCAAGAUUUGCUGAAAAACAACCACCAUGGAAAUGAGAAUCUUAUAUCUGUUGAAAAUACUGGGUCAAUUAUUGAUAAAACUCAUCAACUACGCUUAACACUUUUACAGCAGCUUCAAGCUAAAAAAGAGAAAUUAGCUUCACUAGAUAAACUGAUAAAUGCUAAGAAAAGACACAAAAACUCUUCCAAGAAAACUAUCAAAGAUCAGACAAAAAACCAGAUGGACCUUUUGCAGACAAGUUUGUUAUAUACCCAAGAAAUGCAGACUGAUGUUUCGGACAGUAAAUCUGUUAAUUCUCCAAGUACUGACAUGUCUCAGUGCAGCAGUUCAAAUUAUGAUGACAUUUUAUCCGAACUGCUAUUGUCUCCAGCUACAGAAGAAGAAUGUAGGUACCUGGAAAUGGGAGAUGGCAGUUCAGACAUGCCGAUAUCUAUUGAUCAAAAUACCAGUAUACAGGCCAUAAAAAGCGACUUUAGUUACGUCAGUCCUCUAAAAGAAAAUGGACUUGAGGACCAUAGAGAUCCAUCUGCAAUCAAAUCACCUCUGAAGAAACUUGAUUUUGAAAGUUCUGCAAAGCAGGAUCUUCUGGAUGAUCUGUUUCCAUGUUCAUUGAAUUCAGUAAUGGCUAACACUGAAGACUUGCAUCACUUUGAUGAAUCAUUAUUAGCUUGGUGAAUUGUGUUUUAACAAUUUCAGUAUUUUCGUUUGGUUGUCUUUAAAGGGGAGUAUAAUUUAAAUUCAACCUAAUUUGCACAUGAUUCUGUAUAUUUAAAAUGUUUUUUUUAUAUUUUUAUUCUUAAUAAAAUGAGUUUGCUUUUCUGCCUCAAACCCACUAUUCACUGGAAGAGAUGAGACUGAUUCUUGUAUAAAGUGUCAGUGAUAAAGUUUUGACACUUUAAAAGCCAUUGUAGUAAAGUAUUCACCUAAGAUCUCUUAUCUAUGGCUGAGCUAAAAAAUGCUCUGCAAGCAUCUCUAAAAAUGUAGAAUACCAUGAUAAUCAUGGUAUGGUAAUUUCAUUUCUGAUAAACCUCCCUUUUCAAAAGUAGGCUUACAGGCUAAACUAAAAAUUUUAAAGAAGCCAUUUUAUUUCUAUUAUUUUCUUUUCCAAUGAAAUGCCCAUCUAAAAUUAUGGUCUACAUAACAGUGUGAAUGUUAGCAUAUAAUCUGUCUUGCCUGUUUUGCUAAACAUUAGGCCAUAAUGCAGAUGAAUUAUGCUAAGAUUUAGCUCUGAGAGAUUUCUACUAAAACCCAGGGAUUUGUGAACCUGUUAAUCCCCAAUCCUUUGAAAUGUGGUUUUGAAGUAUUAAAGCAACUUUUGAAGUUACAACCGUA